AUGCUAUAAAAAGGUAGAUAUCUACAAUUCUUUGACUUUUGAAACCUUUCGACCGGCUCCACACAACAUAUUACCUAACUGAACUAGAGUUCAAGGAGUAAGUUGUUUAUGAUUGUUUUCAUUCACUCUGCUUUCAUUUUGUGAGCAAAGACACAGGAGAAGGACUGAACUAACUUGUUUCUGGAAACAAAAUGAAUAAAACUCACUGUCCUCGACCGGAUAAGAAAGUUUUCGAACAUACAGUCCUGCCUACUCUUUACAUCUUGGUAUUUGCUGUUGGACUGGUCCUGAAUGUAUGGGGAAUGAAGUCUUUGCUGCAUAACUGGAAGAAACUUCGGCGUAUAAACAUUCUUGUUCUUAACCUUGGACUAGCAGACAUUUUAUAUCUGCUGACACUCCCCUUUCUCGUCGUGUACUACCUUGAAGGAAGCAAAUGGAUCUUUGGAGAAGGAUUCUGCAAGGCAACAAGAUUCUCUUUCAACUUGAAUUUAUACGGCAGCAUCGGGUUCCUCACCUGUAUAAGUGUGUACCGGUACCUGGCUGUUGUCCAUCCAAUGAGAAUGAUGGGGAGAUUAACUACGACUCACUCUGUGGUCAUCUCAGCUGUGGUUUGGAUUCUGGUGAGUGUUCAAAGUCUUCCAGACAUGUUCUACCAAAAAACAUAUCCAAACAUAUCAAAAUGCUUUGACACCACCUCUAAUGAACAUAUUGAGAGUUACCUGGAUUACAGCCUCACCUGGACCUUCUUUGGAUUCUGCAUCCCCUUUGUCACCAUUGUAGGUUGCUAUGGACAUGUGACUGUUGUUAUCUGCCGUUCAAAUAUGAUGAAAAAAGACCAGAAACGACAAAUCUUAAAACUGAUGGCUCUACUGAUUCUUCUGUUCUCGCUUUGUUAUGCGCCCUACCAUAUUUUCAAGAACCUCAGCCUGUAUUCCAGAACCCUGAGUAAUGAGAAUCAAUGCCCUAAGUGGGACUCUGGAGUCUUUAUUGCCCGUCAGACAAGUCGAGGUCUCGUGAGCCUGAACAGUGCUCUCAACCCGCUGGUUUACCUCCAUGUAAACGAGGAUAUGGGUGUUCAGUUCACACAGCUGCUGCAAAGAUGUUCACAGAGUUUCAGUUGUUUGUUGGAGUCCAAAUCCAGGUCUGUACCGGUACCACAGACUGAACAAGAAGCUGACAGUCCUCUAUGACAGCAGGUGUAGUUUUUCUUUGUUAAUCAUGUCAUGAGGUGAAUUUUUUGACGCUCUGUUUGGUUUGUAUUGUUCCAACUGGUUGAUUCUAGAAAAUUCCUAAUUAACAAGUAAUGAAGGUAAACAUUUUAACUGUUGCUGCUGGAGUUAGGCCUGUCACCAUGGCAAAUUUUGCUGGGCGAUAAAUUUUCCCAGAAGUUGUUCCGAUAAACAAUAACAUUGUUGUUUUGAGACAAUUUUCAAGUAAUAUAAUGGUAAUAGCAUAAUAGUGCAA